AUGAUUCCUUCAGAGCAGCCAGUGGUGGAGGAAAAUACUUUGCAGAUAAUGGAGAAGAUAAUCGAUUGCGGAAUCCUUGAAUCGAGCCCACUGGGGUGGAGGGUCGCAAGAACUCGUACGGUCAAUGAUGUGUCCGAUGAUGGGUGGAAUACGGAAGAAGAUGAUGUCGAGUUACAGGCAGCCAUUCUCAGUUGUGGAAUUUUGGAGGCAUCGUUGCAUUGUAGGACAGAAGAUAAACGUCCGCGGGCAAGUCCAAAAAAGAAGGUUGUCAAACCAAAAGCCGAUCGAGGAGGAACAAAUCAGAAGCAAGUAUUUGCUAUGCAGGAAGUGGAAUCCUUGACUCAGAUUCUGCAACCUAAUCGUGGAAAACGUACCGUUCAUGCCACUAUGGACCCAAUCCUUGAGGAACCACUAGUCAUACAGCAGGGGGAUAAUUCACCUCGAAAUAUACAUGCUGCCCCUGUCAAGUGGAGGGGUGCAAAGUCUUAUCAAGAUCCGACAAGUGAUCAGCGUUAUGACGAGGGAACGACUAUAGAUGAAGAUACGUGCACCGAACUCCAGGCUGCCAUAGCAGCAUGUGGGAUUUUAACGAUGGGGAAGCUGCAAAUGGAAGGAAGGUCACGUUAUGCAAGCAGCCCAAUGAAGCGAAGCGACAGCGGGGACGGCCAACAACACGACCCGGGUGAGCGCCCUCAUCAGUAUGCAGGAAAUGGUCUACUAGAUGAGGAAGGAAUGACUGCAGAUGUCAAUAUCACUGAACUACAGGCUGCCAUAGCAGCCUGUGGAAUUUUGGAUGAUGGUGCCGUUGCACAUGGACGGAAUGCCGCGGUGGAGAAGCAACGGAAUGAAACUAAGCUGCUGUUCAUCCUCACCAUUGACACGUCGUUAAUUGUGGAGUCAUUCCACUCAGGAGAUAUUGAGGCAAUGCAUAUAAACGGUCAGGGUGAGGCACAGAACCGCAUAAAUGGUGGUGGAGGUCAGGUCCUCCACGCCAGUAUUCGUGCAGUCCCUGUUAGACCUGUGAAGCCACCGAAUACCGCUAAGCGACAGCGGGGAAGGCCAAAGAAACGAGCGACGAGACAAAAACAAAAUAGUAGGUCCAUUAAAAUACCAUCAUGGUGGAAUAUCGAGUCGGUCUACUCAGGAAACAUUGAUAUAGACGGUGAGAAUGAGACACAAACUCGCACCAUUGAUGGUGAACGACCGGUGGUCCAUGCUAUCAUCGGGCGAGAACCUGGUCAGCUGCCAGCACAACUACAAGAUGCAGAUGCUAUCACACCAGAUAAAAACGAUAGAGGUGCGAUUGCAAUACACACUGUUAUGACGAUAGAAGAAGAUGUGGUCGAUGGUUGUGCAGACACAGAGCCCAGACAUGGCAGUGAAUGCCCUGAGGGAUUGUCAGGACGUCGAGCCUUUUCAGCGAUGGUGGUCAUCAUGUCCCAGGGGGGGCACGAUCAUGUUCCAGAUGACAACACUAUGGAGGGCGACCACGAAAACAAAGCCGGAGAGAUCCGGAAGACAUUGCAUCUCGGGCGAUGGCGCGACCAGGGGCGAUGGAUGGAUGUUGUUGAAAAUAUCCCCACGCUCAGGGUAGACACGUGGCUGGAUUCACAGGUUGCCAACUACUAUCUGGCUCAUGCCUGGUAUGAUAGGCUGGGACGAGUCAAAGUCAGAUUUGUCGACAUGUUCGCUGCUGGUGGGACAACCCAAUGGACUGAUGAAGAACUGGAGCUCUUCAGGAUGGAUCACUUUGUCCCUAGUGACGGUCCGUGUCCGAUGAUCCCUGUGGGAUUCGUAGUUCAUUGUAUCAAUCACUUUUUUGUGGUCAUAUUUGACUACCAUCGACGUACGGCGCACGUCCUCGGUCGCUUCAUGUCAACAGAGGGGAUAGCUGUGGCGACAGGCGGUGGAAAAAAAGAUCCAAAUGACUGGAAUGCCUGGAAUGGGCCUCAACGUUGGGAAAGUAUUGCAACACUCCAUGGUUGGAGGGCAGGACGCUCUGAGGAUGUUCGAAUAAUCCCCAAAAACUGGAUCCAAAAUGGAGUUGACUGCGGUCCGAUAGCUUGCUCAGUACUAGAGCAAGCUCUCAGCUUUGGGCUGGAUGAUCAUGGCGAUCUCCCUCUGCAAUCAUUUCAUAUACCGUGCGGUCACAUACUGCGGAUAGCUAUGUUGAAAGUUGUUGCAGGUCGAAUCAAGAAGAGCUGCAGUGACUACUUGAUGCUCCGCGAUGAACUCCAAGCUGAUAUGUGGCACCACAUUUACCUAAGCGACGAUGACAUUCACGCCAUCGAGACUGGACAGCAUCAGGCCAGAUGUGUAACCAUGCUUCAUGCUUUGUAUGUCGCCAGUGCAACAUGCGAGAACUGCCACCGCUCCCCUGCACUCCAAGUCAUCCAAACUCCAACCAGUACCGAUCGGCAUGUAGAAGGCGAUUACACUCAUUAUUCCACCUCUGACAUCGACGAAGAGGGUGACAACGAAGCAGACAAUCAAUUCCCGGGAGACAUGGUCUCUGAUACUCGGAAGGCGAAUCUUUUGAAGCUGUUGAAAUCGAAUAAGGAAUUGGCUGGGUCACGCGAUCGCAAUGCUAUAUCUCCACAUGCCUCGGAUUCAGCAGAGGGGGUCAUGGAGCGAUUCCCUCGUCCAACUACAGCGGUGCCACUGCCGGCCUACAUGGGACGCAGAUGGUUGAUGGACGACAGGACAUUCGAUGAUUAUGAGGGUGGCCCUACCAUAGAGAUGUUAAUGGCUCCUGUUGAUGUCCAGCCAACCAUGGAUCAGGCCAAGUUCAUUCCAAAUGUUUUAUCAAUGCCGGCCCAUCGUCCACCAUGGACUACAUCAUGCCAAUCGGUACCACCGAACUCUAUGACCCCUCAAACCAGGUUCCCGAUCAGUGUGACAGGCCGAUAUAGCUUGGAUAGGUCAGGGUCCAACAAUAAUAUUGAUCCACCUCUCGACCGGCAUUCUGUGUCUGGACACGAGAUCUUUCUGUGUGGCCGCACUAGUUUUUCAGAUGGUGCCAAAUACAUAUGCGUCGAUCUAGAACGAGACGCUGUCGAUGUUGAUGAACGCGACAUCGAGGUCUCUGUGGACAUAGACAGCAUCAUCUGGGUUACCAGUGAAUUCCGAAUCAAGGGAACCAUCGGAAUUUAUAUGACGCCGCUCUUUCAGUCACGGCCAGGGAUCUUCAAGCACAAUCACACAUCCAUCGAUAUACUGAUUCCCCAGUCAGAAGAGGAUUCAAAUGCGCCUGGAGGCAGGACAGAGUGGGCUAUCCAAGCGGUUCAACAUGUCGGCCAUCCCCCACAUUUGCAUUGGACGCAUCUCCAGCGCCUCAUCGAUUCUAAACAUAUACCUGAUGUUCCCUCGAAUGAUCCAUCAACACCCAGUCAAUGGUAG